AUGGUCAAGCCCCUGUCUUUCAAGGGCGACAAGAAGCCCAAGAAGAGAAAGCGCGCAGAAGCCGAGGCCCAGGACCGCGACGCGCAGGGCGGGGAGGUUGCCCGCACCGGCGGAGCUUCCGCAUCGACGGCGAACGCGGACGAUGACGACGAUAGCUGGGUGUCUGCCGAUGCCGUGACGGAUGUUGUCGGACCCGUCAUGUUCGUCUUGCCGACGGAGCCCCCUACUGCUUUGGCGUGCGAUGCCGUAGGCAAGAUAUUUACGCUUGGGAUCGAGAAUAUCGUCGAUGGCAACCCGUCUACGGCUGAGCCGCACGACGUGCGGCAGGUGUGGGUUGCGAACAGGAUCACAGGGACGGAGCAGUUCAGGUUCAAGGGCCAUCACGGACAAUAUCUGGGAUGCGACAAGAACGGCGUGCUGUCAGCGACAUCGGCGGCCGUCUCACCAUUAGAGUCUUUCAACAUCAUCGCAACGGCGGAUACCCCUGGCACAUUCCAAGUCCAGACAUUACGCGAUACCUUCCUCUCUGUCAAGCCGCCGAAACCCAAUGUUACCACCUCGGACGUCAGAGGCGACGAAGAGUCCAUCACAUUCAACACCACAUGGCGUAUCAGGAUGCAAGCGAGGUUCAAGCCGCGGCUCAAAGCGAACAAGGAAGAAAAGGCAAAGGAAAAGAUUAGUCGCAAGGAGCUUGAACAAGCGGUAGGGCGCAGACUCGAGGACGACGAAGUCAGGAAGUUGAAGAGGGCGAGAAGGGAGGGCGAUUACCACGAGCAGUUAUUAAUGUUGAAGGUUAAGGGAAAGCACGACAAGUACGGCUAA